CGUCAGUUGAGAAUGGGCAGUGGCUGAGGCUGCACGCGCACUCCUCGAGCUCUGGCUCUCUCUCCCUCUCACUCGCUUGCUCUCUCUCGAUCAGGUGUUCCGCCCGGACACUAGUUCUGACUAUGUGGUGAAAGAUUUCGGUCGCUCGAAGGAACUUGGGUGAUUUCUAGGCACUGAGUUAUCCUGCCUUUUUAACUGUCGAAUGAUGUGAGUAUUUACUUCUUGUCUGAUGCCUUGGUUUUCCGAGGAAGUUAGUGAUGUCGGUCUUGAUCCUGUGGUGAACAUUGUAAAUCUGGUGUUUGCACUACUGCAAUGCUCCGCAUCUCCGGAGAGAGAGGGGGUCAACAUCUGCACUGACGGAUCAGGAGAUCUUCACUUUUAAAAGCCAUGCAAGGGAGGCUGGUCGCGAUGGCUCUGUUGGUGUUCGGAGGGACUUGUCACUCCAGCCCGCUGCCGGUGCGGGUCAGCCCCAAGGCCUCUCACCACGAGAGGCUUAACGCAGCUCAUUCUCUACUCACCGAGUCUCCUCUCAUUGAUGGGCACAAUGACCUCCCAUGGAACCUGAGGAUGUUUCUACACAAUAAACUCCAUUCUUUUAACCUCUCCAAAGACCUCACGCAGGAGAAGCCAUGGAUGAAAUCCCCGUUCUCUCACACAGACCUUCCGAGACUAAGGAGAGGUCAUGUUGCAGGUCAGUUCUGGUCCGUGUACGUCCCGUGCGAGGCCCAAUACCUGAAUUCGGUGCAGCUGCUGCUGGAGCAGAUCGACGUCGUCAAGAGAAUGAUCGCUGCCAGUCCCAGGGAGACCGUCCUUGUCACUUCUUCCUCAGGCAUCGAAGAGGAGUUCAAGAGAGGGAGAAUAUCCAGCCUCUUGGGUGUCGAGGGCGGCCAUGGCCUAGGGAGCAGUAUGGGCGUCGUGAGGGCGCUGUACGAUUUGGGCGUCCGAUAUAUUACGCUUACUCACAAGUGCCACACUCCCUGGGCAGAGUGCUCCGAACGAUUAUCACAGCCUCCAAAUGCUCGUGGUCUGACUCCUUAUGGUAAGGAGAUGAUCUUGGAGAUGAAUCGCCUCGGGAUGAUGAUCGAUGUGUCCCAUUCGUCCGCGAGGACAGCCAGGGAUGUCCUGAAAACCUCCAGGGCUCCCAUCAUUUUCUCUCAUUCGGCGGCCCGCUCGUUAUGCCAUAUUGAGAGAAACGUCCCCGAUGACAUCCUGAGCUCCCUUGCAGAGAACGAAGGGAUCGUCAUGGUCAGUUUCUAUAACGACUUCCUGACGUGUGGAGAGUCGGCUGCUAUACAAGACGUUAUUUCGCAUAUCAACCACGUCCGAUCAAUGGCAGGAGUGGAUUAUGUUGGCAUUGGUGCCGGGUACGACGGAGUUAACAGGACGCCAGAUGGCCUGCAGGAUGUCUCCAAAUAUCCCGAAUUAUUCGCGACCCUCUUGGAGGACCCGUCAUGGUCUUUGCAAGAUCUCAAAAAGUUGGCAGGUCUGAAUUUCCUGAGAGUCUUCAAAAGGGCGGAGCAGGUCCGAGACGAACUAGCAGCCGAGAAGCCUUCGGAAGAAAUCAUCCCAAUCCACGACAUCGACGCCCGGUGGCCAUGUCGUUACAAAUUCGCCAGCCUGGACGACCUUCAUUCCUGACCUACGAACGUUUAAACGCGUCAACGAAAUCCUUUUUAGCGGCCGCUUUCGGUCAAAGUUUUUUUAAAUAAAACUUUCUCUUCAUUGAUAAGAUUCGUCACGUCGAUUUUAACACCCCCUGAAAGAGGGAGGUUUGUUUUCAAAUUAGAGGUUUAAUACAUCAUUUUUUUCGUAUGGUGCAAUCAUCAUGAAUUAUGCGUAAUUCAAAUAAGAGUCAGUUUCGUAUGUCGAUGCGACUUAAUACAAAUUAAUUCAUUUUUAAAACUGCUUUUUUUAUUCAGUCAAUUAUUUCGGGGAAGGUUUCUCAGGUUAGUGAGUGGUGCUGAUAUUUCUUAUACUGUAAAACUGAUCGUGUAUCAUAACAAGUUUUAAAAUGUAACGUAAUGAAAAGUUAUUGAUUUUACAUUUUAUUAUUUAAACAAAUCAUGAAUCCAGUUGAACUCAAAUAUGCACAAUUUUUCUCAUGAGUAGAGGUUUAUUAAAAAAUCAAUAAAGUAAGUUUUGUACUGAUUAUAAAUUAAUUAUUGAAUAAUAAAUCACACAAGUUAAAAAUCCUAUUAAUUUUUUUAUUAAUGUAAUAUAAGUACUAUUGAAAGAUUCUUACACCUAAUAUUAUUAUGUCUUAUUGGUAAAUGUUUUAUCUUUACUUUCUAAAAACUGCAGUCAUUACUUUUUUUUAUCAUGUUCCAAAGAUUUUGUUAAUAUAAUGCACUACUUAUUAAUACUUUAAUUUAUAUCCUACUCCUGAUAAAUAGUUUGCCUUUCGAUAUGACCUGAACAAUUUUACUCUGUGAAACAUCUAAUCUUAUCAUUUUAUCUUUUUUCAAGAAAAAGUUUUCUUGUGGAAAAUAUCUAGAUAAUUGCUUUAGAGGACUCUGUGUUUCCGCUACGAAAAACCUGCUUAAGAUUUUCUGCUGAUGGACGAACAGAAUCAGAACUGCUGCAGAUGUUUUAUAGGAGAAAAACAAUAUCCAUAUUUUUGAUGUUAUCCAUUCAUGUAAAUAGUGAAUAGUACCUUUCAAUAUUUCAUACAAUCUCUUGUAAAUAUCAUGUAAGUUGUCGAUUUUGAAAUUCUAAUAAAUAUAUGGCAUAUUCCAUUUAACAUAUCUUUCAAUUCAUGAUCAUUUCAAGACGAAUAUCCUUUCCACUUUGUGAACAAUCGCCUUCUUUACUGACAUUCCCCUCUUUUUACUUUCACUAACAGUAUGUAUUUAAACUCUCAAAUCAUAAAACACAAUUUAGUAGUUUAGUUGACUGCCAGACAGUUAAAUGGAAAAAACUGAAAUCACAUAUUAAUAUAUCAUUUCACCUAGGAAAUAUAUUUAACAUUCCAUUUCAUGUUAGGUAACGUUACCUCAUCUUUACGAAGUUGGGAGAUGACUAGGUGACAUAAACGUAACUAUUGUACACACACAUAACUGUCACUUGUUCAUUAACUUAGGAAUUUCAUUGAUGUUAUAUUGAUAUUUUUUCAUACAGAGUAGAGGCAACACUGACAGUACUAAAAACAAUAGUAAGAUUAGUAGAAGUAGAAGCAGAGUAGCAGAGAUGAUUAAAUUGGUGAUUGAACAUUAUUCACAACAUUGAAUUUUCAAUGGUGGAGGCAAUUACUAAAAUGUACAAGAUAAAUAAAUAAAUAUACAGACUCCUCUACUUACGAACUUGCAAUUUACGAACUUUCAAAGAUAUGAACAUCUGUAAUCGUAAAUUCAAUUUUUGUUUGGAGCACUCCGGACCACGACCAGCAAGUACAAAUUUUGUUGUGAGUGCCUCCCUCGACUAAGUUACGAUUUCUGCCGCUACCCAGGCUGGACAGCACCGUAGCUGGCGCCACUACGCAUCCCAGUUUCUUUGUAUAUAUACCAGUUUUCAUCUCUCGUGCGGAGAUUCAUUCGUGCGUUUUUAUCUAGAAAUAUUUACUGCAUCCAUUAAUAUAUCAUGGCUAAUGGUGGGCGGGAAGCCAUCUCAAUUGAAACUAAAGUGGCUAUAAUAAAGAAGUUAGAAAAUGGUGAAAAAAUGGUUUAUAUAGUGCAGGAUUAUAAGAUGAAUCGCUCGACCAUCGGCACAAUUUGGAAGUAAAAGACAAAACUACGGAGCACGUGAAAAGUGUUUUGCCAAUGCAGUCAACAGUCAUAAGUAAGGGAAGGGGGAGGGUGGUAGAAGAAAUGGAAGAAAUUCUGGGUAUCUGGAUGGAACACCAGAGACAAAGGUCUGUACUGCUUAGCUUCGUGUUGAUUCGGCAUUCGAUGACUUGAAGGAUUUUAGUAUGAAAAAACACAAAAGAUAUUAAUAAAAUACUUCAUAAAUACAUUAACAACAGUACUGAUAUUGGGUUUUAGUAUUGGAAAAAAUAUAAACAGAACAGUACGUAUUAAUUUUGAAUAUACGAGGUUGAACUUACGAACAAACUUAAUUCGUUAGUAAGUAGAGGAGCGUCUGUAAAUAAAUAAAUAUGCAAAUACAAAAAAUGUGAUUUUGUUCUACUAUUGGAUAACACCUUUGCAAAUAACAGUAAAAUUAAGAUACGCUGAGUUUGAAAGAUUAAAAUAACAGCAGCAGCAGCAGCAGCAGCAGCAGCAGCAGCGCAGCAGCAGCAGUAGCAGUAGUAGUAGUAGUAGUAUGUUAAUAGUUGUAGUAGUAAUGUUGACGAUAUCAUUAUCGUAAUCAAUUGCAAAAAUCUUCACCUUAAAUAAAUCAUCAGCCGUACUAGUAGAGGUAGAAGUAGACGUAGAACGUCUAUAUCAGCAGCACUGUAGUCAAAACAGACUAAUGAAUUAUGUACAGCGUAUUACAGACGAAACGACUAUCAGUAAAUGUUUGGACAAUCAUACACACGGACGUAGGAAAACACAUAUACAAUCACAUGCAGAUA